AUCUAUGAACAUUCUUUACAAUUUUUUACAAUACAAGAAGUACAUACAAGUACAUAUAUGAAUUGUAUGGGUAACAAACAUAGCCCCUAAAAAUAUGGCUGCUUUUGUAUGAUUAUCUUGAAAUUGUUGUAAUUAGACUUAGAAUGGAAGAAUUAUGUUCAACAACAGAUAACAACGUAAUACGAUCAUUAGGAAGUGUACCAGUAAUAAUUGAAGAAUGUGAGAACAAUAAAGUAAUAACAUCAACAAAUUUAAUCGAUAUAAUCGAUACAAAAACCAAUCAAAAUGAAUGUACUAGUCCAAGUCCAACCGAAACAAUCAUUUGUGAAUCGUUUGAUAGAAACUUAGAACCAAUACCUGGACCAUCACAUCAUAAUCAACCUACAUGUAAUCAACAAUUUCAAGAGACUAUUGAUUAUGAGGAAGAAGGAGAAGGAGACGAUGACUGUGAAGAUGAGUGUCAAGAUGAUAUAGAUGAAACACCACCAAAUGAGGUAAACAAUUUGGUAGACAUAGACGCGCCUGAUAAUAUUGAUGUGAUUUUAGAUAAUACAUUAAAUGAGACACAUGAACGUAUUUUACAAGAUAAUCGUACACCUGAACGACGAUUAAUAACAAUUAGUAAUAAUCGUAAUAACACUUAUCGUGACUUAGAUAACGCAACUACAAAACGUAAUCAAGUGUUUAUCAAAAGUAAUUUAUUUAAUAGUGAUAAUAAUAGUGUGGGAUGUGAUGGUGUUACUCCUAGUGGUAGUGGUGGGGAUGCGGGAGUUGGUGUGGGUGAUGUGUGGGAAGAAGAGUACGAGAUGAUUCAUGAUGAUGAUGAUGAUGGUGAUGAGGACGAUGAUGAACCGGAACCCUCAGUCUCAUGUUGUGGGGUUGGAGAAGCGGAUUGUGGUGAAGAUGUUGUGGUUGGGUGUGGAAGUGGUGAUUUUGAAGAUUGUCCGGAGUCUGGUGCCGAAGAAGAGGAGGAAGGUGGAGUGCAGGAUGACGAUGAAAUGAUAAUGGUUAUUGAUUCCUCUAAUGAACAGGAUGCCAUACCUAGUAAUUCUGGAUAUCGCCGAAGUUGGCGUAAACGUAAAUUAGAAACACAAAAUGCAUUUCCUUGUAAGAAACUCUUCCCAGAGAAUAAGACUGCCGUUGGUGAUGACAUGGAUUCAAUUACGGAAAAAAUGUCCACCACAAAUUCAAUAUCUUUAUCGAGUACUGAAAAGAAGCAUCGAUGUGUGAUACCAACAAAGGACAAUCCACCACCUGAGAUGAUUGGAUGGCUUUCACAAUUCGAGCGAUGGUCAAAUGCCGAACGUUUAUUAGCAAUUGACGAAUUAAUUGACCGUUGUGAACCCACACAAGUCCGACAUAUGAUGCAAGUAAUCGAACCACAAUUUCAACGUGAUUUUAUAUCAUUAUUACCGCGUGAAUUAGCAUUAAAUGUAUUAAGCUUCUUAGAACCUAAAGAUUUAUUACGUGCUGCACAAACGUGUCGUUCGUGGCGAUAUCUAGCUGAAGAUAAUUUAUUAUGGCGUGAAAAAUGUCGACAAACGGGUAUCAAUGAAUUACCACAGCUAGAGCAACCAUUAUUAUCGACACAUGUAAAUAAGAAACAUCAUCAUCGUAAUAUUAAUUGUAAAUCGGAUACACCUCCAACGUCUACAUCGACGUCCGCGACAAUACAUUCAGCAUCACCGUGGAAAGCCGCCUUUAUGCGUCAACAUGCAAUUGAAAUGAAUUGGCGUGUAAAACCAAUACGACCACCGAAAGUAUUAAAAGGACAUGAUGAUCAUGUGAUUACGUGUUUGCAGUUUUGUGGUAAUCGUAUUGUAAGUGGAUCUGAUGAUAAUACGCUUAAAGUAUGGUCAGCUGUUACUGGAAAGUGUUUAAGAACAUUAGUUGGACACACCGGUGGAGUAUGGAGCUCUCAAAUGGCUGGUAGUAUAAUAAUUAGUGGUAGCACCGAUAGAACAUUAAAAGUAUGGAAUGCCGAAAGUGGUGUUUGUAUUCACACAUUAUAUGGGCACACGAGUACAGUACGAUGUAUGCAUUUAUAUGAAAAUAGGGUGGUAAGCGGUUCACGAGAUGCAACCUUACGUAUGUGGGAUGUUGUAUCUGGUGAAUGUUUACAUGUAUUAGUUGGACAUUUAGCAGCUGUACGUUGUGUACAAUAUGACGGACGUUUAGUUGUUAGCGGAGCUUAUGAUUAUAUGGUUAAAGUAUGGAAUCCUGAACGUGAAGAAUGUUUACAUACACUACAAGGGCAUACAAAUCGUGUCUAUUCAUUACAGUUUGAUGGUGUCCAUGUUGUAAGUGGCUCACUAGAUACAAGUAUUCGAGUUUGGGAAGUUGAAACAGGUGCCUGCCGACAUACAUUAAUGGGCCAUCAAUCAUUAACAUCUGGUAUGGAAUUACGUAAUAAUAUUCUAGUUAGUGGUAAUGCUGAUUCGACUGUUAAAGUAUGGGAUAUCGUUACUGGACAAUGUUUACAAACGCUUUCUGGUGCGAAUAAACAUCAGUCGGCCGUCACAUGCCUACAAUUUAACAAUCGUUUUGUAAUUACAUCUUCGGACGAUGGUACCGUAAAAUUAUGGGAUGUACAUACUGGUGAAUUUAUACGAAAUUUAGUUGCAUUAGGUAGCGGCGGUAGCGGUGGUGUUGUAUGGCGUAUACGUGCAAAUGAUACUAAAUUAGUAUGCGCAGUUGGAUCACGUAAUGGUACUGAAGAAACAAAACUAUUAGUAUUGGAUUUUGAUGUUUUACCACCUGAUAAUCAAACAAAAGAUAAUAAUUUACAAAUACAAACAUCAACAGCCAAUAAUAAUAUUUUAAAUAAUAAUUUAACAAAUAAUUUAAAUAGUAGUAAUUUAAUAAAUAAUGUGAUCACUUUAAAUCAACAAGAACAUGAACAUGAACCUGAAACAAUUGAAGAUGAUGAUGACAGAUAAUAACAAUAUUUAUUUAUAAAACAACU